AUGAGCAAUUCAUCUAGAGCUACGAGUGGAGCAUCUAGAGCUACGAGUGGACAGAGAAGGAGAGUUGUGGGUGUGCCGAAGAUGUCUUCUCCUUCCGACUUCGCUCCUCCGGUCACCUCCUCUUCUGAUUGGUGUUUGGUACUAAGGUGUGAUCUCUCAGGCGAACCUCCGGUGACGUGGCUGUUUUUCCGGCGAGUUUCUCCUGAGAUAAUUCCCUUCCCUCUAUCGGUUUCGAGCCACUCUCGUCGCUUUCCUUUGUCUUCGGUCGCCUUCCUCGAUCUGAGGCCUCCUCCUGCACCAACACCUGAGCCACCGUCUCCGCCGGCUCCACCAAAACCACCGGACCCACCAGACCCUCAGAUCUGCUUCUGUUUUGGUGAAUCUCUUCCUCAGCUGCCAUUUUCCACUUUCUUUAGGGCGUUUGACUCGCUCCUCCCACCCUCCUCUGCCAGAUCUGGCUUUACUUCGCCGGCGAGUCUCCCUAUCCUCCCUACAAAGGCACUCGUUUUCAUGGGACUGUUACUUCCCGUCGAGUCUCCCUUUGCAAUAUGGUUUGGAAAGCUUGGUGCUCGUCUCUGUCCGGCCACAACCCUUUUCAGACAGGUGGGCUAUGUCGCUGACGCCCCCACCUUCCCUCCUCAAACGCUUCCCCAGGUAUGCUCUUACUCUUCGCCCUCUAAUCCCUCUGAGAUGGGAAUAUAUUGGAUGUUGAUUGAGUUUGUAGCUCUGGUCUGGUGGCUUUCGGAUCUAGUUCAUCGGGUUUCAAUGAGCUUGGAUACUCUUGUGUAUACCUUUGUGUUCUUUUGUAGCACCCAUAUCGCCUUGGUGCGAUCAAUUACUGCAGUAUGCAGAUUCUGUCUCAAUGUGGUUCUGUUAGAAAGUUGUCUUUUGGCAGCUUGGACAGGGAUCCCUGUUUCAGUACAACUGGCUAGUUAAUCUGGCUCAUUGGGAUUUUACUGCCCUCAUCUCUCCUUCAUGGAGCUUUUUAUCCUCCCAUAUGCUUCACUUGUGUUUAGUGAUAGUGUUACAGGGAGCAAUGUUCUCAAGACUGUUCUACUUGAAGUAGAAGCGAAGAUUGUUGAAAAAGACUGUUUUCGUUCAGCAUUUGCUGACUGUUUGGCGUUAACGACUUUGGAGGCUUUGGUUCCUCCUCCUUGGGGUUUCGACAAGGAAUUUCAAGCGUUCGGAUGCUCUUGUUUAGAUGAUAUCUUGGUAGAACUUGUUAGUUCACCCUUAUCCUUAAGUCUCAAUUUGAGCUUUGUUCUUGUUCUUAGUUUCCGCUUUUACUCGAUCACUAUGUUGGUCGAUGUUUUGGCUUUUUCGACUCUUUGUAGUCAUGUUGUAUCCUCUCUUAAUGGAGGUUAAACUAUUUCUUUAA